GAUCGGAUGGGAGCACCCCACGUUAGCAGCAGCGGCGGCGGCCCUCAGCUGCAACCACAGCCGAAAUGGGGCCCUGGACAGUGGGUAAUUAGUGCUGGGUAGGGAGGGGAUGUGUGGUGCUUGUGCAGACAGAGUGAGCUGGGCGUGGCCGGGGCUGGGGGUGUGGGGGGGGGUUGCAGUGGACAGUGGACAGUGGACAGUGUGUGGGCUUGGGGGAGGGGGGCUGUGGACUGCUGUGCUGUGCUGUGCUGUGCUGGAGGAGGGUAAUGGACAGCUUGCUGUGGUCGUGACUGCAGUGGUCGUGCUGCUUCACCUCCACGGGGAAGGACCCUCGAUAUGUUUAGGCUCGUGGACCACCAGUGAGCGGCGCAAUAAUUGAAUUGCAGCGAUUGCGGGCUACAGCAUGCGACGGCAGCAGGGGGCGCUGGGUGGGUCGAGAGUCGUG